CACUCUCUCUCUUUAUCAAAUUCAGGAUGACUCGCCUUCUCCCGUCUUCCUCCGCUUCUCCUCUCUCUAGACUACUUCCUUUCUCGCCCACCUUUCCUCUGAUCUCCACCUGCACAUCUUCGUUUUCUUUCCCUAGAAAACUCGCCACCAGCUCUCUGUCUCUCUUUCCCAACCCCACCAAGACCACCACUACCUUCUGCGGCAGCACUUCCCUUCAAUACCCAUUAAACAUGAGUUCUGCUGCUUCAUUUAGGACAACCACCAAUCUAGGAAGAGAAGUUUUGGAGGUGCCGCAGAUGGGUGAGGUAGAGAUGCACCGUGUUGCAGGGGAAGCGUUGCAGAGGUAUACUUCCAAUCAACUGAAGAGGGACGGCAGGGGCGUGGCGAUCGUCUGGUUCCGGAAUGACUUGAGAAUUUUGGACAAUGAGGCUCUCUUCUUGGCAUGGAAGUCAUCGGAAGCUGUUUUGCCGGUGUACUGUCUCGAUCCCAGGCUAUUCGGGACUACCCACUAUUUUGGAUUCCCUAAAACUGGAGGUUUUAGAGUGGAAUUUUUGUUCCAGAGCUUGGAUGAUUUGAAGAAAAAUCUUCUGAAAAGAGGAUUGAAUCUGCUCAUAUGCCAAGGGAAACCAGAAGAAAUACUUCCUUCAAUUUCUGAAGCCCUUGGAGUCCACACGGUUUACGCACACAAGGAGACGUGCAGUGAGGAGACACUUGUAGAAAAACUUGUUAACAAAGGCCUUGAGAGGAUUUUGCUUCAGCCACAGACAACUUCCGCAAAUGCCGCUACUAGAACACCAAAGUUGAAACUUAUCUGGGGUAGUACUCUGUACCAUCUUCGUGACCUUCCAUUUACUUCUGGCAGUUUGCCUGAUGUUUAUACACAAUUCCGUAAGUCUGUUGAGUCCAACUGCAAAAUCAGAAGUUGCUUCAAAGUUCCUGAAAUGCUUGGGCCCCUUCCUGAUAACGCCAUGGAUCAGUUCGGUGGAUGGGGAAGUGUUCCUUCAGUUGAACAUCAUGGAAUGCAGAAAAAGGAGAUUGACAAAGGGAUGCAUUUUACUGGAGGUGAAACUGCAGCUUUGGCCAGAGUAAAUGAAUACUUCUGGAAGAAGGACUUACUGAAGGUGUAUAAAGAGACCAGAAAUGGCUUGCUGGGACCAGAUUAUUCAACCAAGUUUUCUCCAUGGCUUGCUUUUGGAUGCCUUUCUCCUCGUUAUGUCUAUGAAGAGGUAAUGAGAUACGAAAAAGAAAGACUUGCAAACAAUUCAACAUAUUGGGUCUUAUUCGAGCUGAUAUGGAGAGACUACUUCAGGUUUUUGUCUAUGAAGUAUGGAAAUUCCAUCUUUCAUCUAGGUGGACCGAGAAAACUAGAACAUCUUAGAUGGAGCAAGGACAAGAACUUGUUUGAAUCAUGGAGGGAUGGUCGAACUGGGUACCCACUCAUUGAUGCAAACAUGAAGGAACUGUCGUCCACCGGAUUCAUGUCCAACAGGGGUCGUCAGAUCGUUUGUUCCUUCUUGGUUCGAGAUAUGGGCAUCGAUUGGCGGAUGGGUGCAGAAUGGUUCGAGUCCUGCCUCGUCGACUACGACCCUUGCUCCAACUACGGCAACUGGACUUAUGGCGCAGGCGUCGGAAAUGAUCCACGGGAAGAUCGAUAUUUUAGCAUUCCAAAGCAGGCACAAACGUAUGAUCCAGAGGGGGAGUACGUAUCCUACUGGCUGCCGGAGCUCCGAUCACUCCCAAAGGACAGGAGGCAUUCCCCCGGGAUUUCUUACGUCGACCGCGUGGUGCCGUUGAAGUUCGGAGCCGCGCCGCAGCACCACCACCGCCCUCACAGGAAGGACGUCGGCCGCGCCUCAGCACCACCACCGCCCUCACAAGAAGGACGUCGGCCGCGCCGAUAGCAGGUCAAGAAGGCAGCCGCAGGACUCCUCAAGCGACGCACCACCAAGAACAUGAUGAACCUAUCCAUUUAUUUCACCAAUUUUUGGUGCUUUUCAAUAAAACAAGAAUUUUUUUUCCCAAGUGAAAA